UGAAUCAUAUUACAGAAUUAUUUACUAUAUUAUUAUUUAAAUCCUUAUAGAAGUCUAGUUAUUAUUAUUAUCUUAUGGAAAGUUUUUAGUCGUAUUAGUUAAUGAGUUUUUAAUUCUAUGAAAUAAUCCUCUACCAAAGAAAAUGCCUCUGAAGCAAAGGAAAAUUGCUAUUAUGGGCUAUCGUUCAGUCGGUAAAUCAUCAUUAAGUAUACAGUUUGUUGAAGGUCAGUUUGUUGACUCUUAUGAUCCUACAAUUGAAAAUACUUUUGUGAAAACAACAAAAGUAAAUAAUCAAGAAUAUGAAUUGAAAUUGGUUGAUACUGCUGGGCAAGAUGAAUAUUCGAUAUUGCCUACUCAAUAUUCUAUGGAUAUUCAUGGAUAUGUGCUGGUGUACAGCAUUACAUCACCUAAAUCUUUUGAAAUCAUACAAAUCAUCUACGAUAAAUUAUUAGAUAUGACUGGCAAAGUACAUGUUCCUAUAGUUUUGGUCGGAAAUAAAAAAGAUUUACAUAUGAACCGUGUUAUUACUCAAGAGGAAGGACACAGAUUAGCUGAAACAUGGAAAGCUGUAUUUCUUGAGGCUUCAGCCAAACAGAAUGAGGUAAAUUCAAAAAAAUGUGUAUCAGACAUAUUUCAUACCAUGUUAAUGGAAAUAGAAAAAGAAAAUGGUAAUGUGACACAAAAAAAACCAAGCUGUAGUAUAUCUUAAGAAUAAAAUUGUAUCAAUGAAUGUGUGUUUUUUUUAUAAGGCUUAAAAUAAUGUUUGUAUUUUUAAAUGAACAUAUAAUUUACCAUUCAGUUUGUUGUUUAACUUAGUGUUUCAACAUUUUCUAUGAUGUGAAUAUUUAUUCUUAAUUACAGUUAAAUGUAAUAUUAAUAAAAAUACUAAAAUUUA